AUGAAUCACGAGACGACGGCAGCUGAUACGAGUACAUUAGUAUGGAACUCUGUAUUCCAAUUACUAAACAAUCACGAAUUCGGUCGAGAGCAACCUGCGGACGAACUGGUCCUCGAAUUACCUCCAGGUCUAAUGGAACCUAUAUCGCCUGAAGAUGUAAAACGAGAGAUUGAAAAGCGAUAUUUGACUCCGAGCACAACAUUCCCGACUCCUUGGUUGUCUGAAUGUCAGCAACAUUGGGAACGUGGUUCUGAUUAUCUCUCAUUGAUCACUCUCGAGCCAACCGAAGCGCGGAAAACUUUGGAAAUAACGCGCGAUGUUAUUAGUGGACAAGUAACCGGUUAUGAAGAGGUUUCAUUGACGGAUCCACUCACGGCUGCGUCUAUGCUUCGGGAGCCUGGUGAUUUAGAUAGUUUUGUCAGGAGUGGAUUAAUGCCUGAGGCCAUGGCCGAGGCAGAAUUGGAACAUAGCUUGCUCGAAGAUGGAUUAUUAACGGUGCCUCCAGAUUUUGAGCGUGGCUUGAUUUUUGAGGAUGAGAAACACACGCGGACGAUAUCGGCGAGUGCUGCCACCAGCUUAAACAUUACAGAGAUGUUAACGCAAGAGGAAGAUAUCAUUGAGUUGUUAGAACCGGAAGAAGACGCAAAGCCACUUGAGGCAACAAGUACAGAUACUUUUGACGAAGAACAGAAUAAUUCAUCGCUUUCGCAAGAUGAACUUGAAAAUGCUAUCGAUCAAUUACUUCCAUCUGAGCCGCUUAUGGGAGGCACCGUAAAAAUUAAAAAACCCGUCAAACUUUCUAAGGGACGUGAUUGGGCGCAUAAGGUGGAUCCCGACAUGGAAGUUUCUGACUUUGAGCCAGCGAGGGAGGCAAGUUGGAAUGUCUAUCCUUUCGAAUUAUACAAUUUCCAGAAACAAGCUAUUUAUUUUUUGGAACGUGGUGAUUCAGUGUUUGUUGCCGCACAUACGUCAUCUGGAAAGACUGUUAUUGCGGAACAUGCCAUUUUUUUGGCGAUGAAGCAUAUGACACGCACUAUCUAUACAUCACCAAUCAAAGCAUUGUCGAACCAGAAAUACCGAGACUUCAAAGACGAGUUUGGAGAUGUUGGUAUAUUGACUGGUGAUGUUCAGAUUAAACCCGAAGCAUCAUGUCUCGUCGUGACGACAGAGAUUCUGAGGUCUAUGCUGUAUAAACAAGCGUCUUUGAUCAGAGACGUUGAAUUUGUCAUAUUCGACGAAAUUCAUUACAUGGAAAACAAGGAGCGUGGUGUGGUUUGGGAAGAAGCUAUCCAUUUGCUUCCGGCUAAUGUAAAUCUCAUUUUUCUGUCGGCAACCGUAUCGAAUGAAAUGGAAUUGGCUGGCUGGAUUGGGCGAACUAAAGAGAAAGACAUAUAUGUUAUCAAAACUUUGAAACGUCCGGUGCCAUUAGAACACUUUUUAUACGGUGACGGGGAGCUACAUAAAAUUGUAGAUGAAAAGAAGAAUUGGCUACCCCAAGGAUGGUCAUCUGGCUAUUCAGCAAUUACUAACCCUAAGACAGAGGCAAAGAUGGGUGCCAAAACGGGUGCCAAAACGGGAACCAAGACGGGAGCUAAGCAAGGACGGUCAAAUCCACGAAUGGCAAAUCGCGGUGGUUUCAAUCGCGGUGGCUUCAAUCGCGGUGGUUCCAAUCGCGGUGGUUCCAAUCGCAAGAACACAAAUGAAUUUGUGGGAAUCGAUCGUUUGUUCAAACUACUUGAGGGCGGAGAUCUAUUUCCAGUCAUUUGCUUUUCUUUUUCAAAGAAGAAAUGUAAUCAGUACGCGAGAAUUUCGGCCAUGAGAAAUCUAUUCGGUGUUUCCGACAAAGCGAAGAAGACAAUAUGCGAUGAAUUUGACAAUGCAUUGAAGAACCUAAAAAAGCGGGAUCGAAAAUUGCCUCAAAUCGUCCAGAUGAAGCAGUUGUUGAGUAAAGGCAUAGGGGUUCAUCAUAGUGGAUACCUUCCGAUUAUGAAAGAGCUUGUUGAAAUGCUAUUUAAGGAGAACCUCCUUAAAGUUUUAUUUGCAACCGAGACAUUUGCGAUGGGUGUAAACAUGCCUGCUAAAACUGUUGUAUUCUUGGGUCUUAAAAAAAAUGACGGCGAGAAGUACCGCGUAUUGAAGCCUGGUGAAUAUACACAAAUGUCUGGGAGGGCUGGUCGUCUUCAUCAUGAUCGUACUGGUAUUGUUAUUAUAGCUUGUCCCCCUCAAGAGCUUAUGGAUAUAGAUGUUGAAGUUAAGAAUGUUGUCCUCGGAGGUGCCGCAAAGUUGGAGUCUCAAUUCCGUUUGACUUAUCUCAUGAUUUUAAAUAUGUUGCGCUCUGAGGCUUUAUCAGCAGAGGAAAUGAUGAAAAAUAGUUUUUCUGCAGAUGGGCAUCAAAAAACGGUGCAUCAACAACGAAAGUUACUUGUAGAGGGCGAAAAAUCUCUAAGUAACCUAAGGAAGUUAGAUUGUAUGAUUUGCAACAAGGAUAUCCGUGACUUUUAUGACAAAUCCACGGAAAUACUCAACCUGGUAGCCGUAAUUUUGAAAGCAAUGCGUUCCAAAUUUGAAGUGAUACUUUUAUCGUAUAAGAAUGCGCAAGCGGUGAACCAGAGUGUAAUUUUUAACGAUGGAAUAGCACCGCUUCCACUGACGUACGUCUCAAGUCCUCAUCCAAACGUAGCAGAGACAGCGAUUCAAAUCAUACCUUAUACAGACAUUAUGAUAAUAACCGAGUCUACAAUCACAGUUAAUGCGAGGGCCAUAACGCGCCGCGACGAAAAAGAAAAAUCUAGAGUACUACAAGAGCUGUUACGGUAUGCGAAUGAAGCUCAAGCAGUCGGCAUUAUAGAACACGAUUGGUCAAAGUUGCGGGAUUAUGAUUUCAAACUUGCUGUCGCGGAAAAGAAUUUGCUUACAAAGCGCAUUGCACAGUUGCAGUGCACAAAAUGUCCUGAGUUUAAAGAACACUAUGGAAUUUUUCACAAGGAAUCUAAGGCGAAAUCGAACGUAGAGUAUAUGCGUUGGAUAACCUCUAACCCUGAUUUCGAACAGAAAGAGGAAUAUGAUGUUAGAAAAAAGAUACUUAAAAAACUCGAUUUCAUUGAUAGCAAUGAUACGCUGACGCAAAAGGGACGCUUUGCGACUGAGAUAAAUUCGGCUGACGCGCUGGUGGUGACUGAGUUGAUUUUUAAGAAUAAGUUUGCAGAUUUUGAUGCCGAAGAGAUUGGAAAAAAGAUUAUAAAGCGUAUUGCGAAGUUUAUGGACAAAAUACAAAAAGAUUUGGGUUUAGAACCGCUCUUGAAGACUCCCAGUAUGGAACAACAUGCGGAAAACCUUAAUUUCAAACUCGUGAACGUUGUCUACAAAUGGGCGAAGCAGUCGCAUUUUGUAGAUAUUAUGCAAAAGACAAACGUAGCCGAGGGUUCUAUCGUGCGAUGUAUUACUCGGUUACAUGAGACCUGUCGCGAAGUAAAGAGUGCAGCACGGAUAAUUGGUCGUCCAACACUCCAAAAGAAAAUGGAAGAUGCACAAACGUGUAUCCUCAGGGACAUUGUAUCUGCUACUAGUUUGUAUCACAUGAACAGGCAAGUUUCAAGCGAAAACGAAAAAAGGGAACAUAAUGACAAUGCCGAGUCAGAUAGCAAAAAAAAGUAG